AUGAAUAUCGUCGAGAAGCUUAUCAUUCUCCGGGUUUGGCAGUGCCUCAUCUGCUGCCUCAUCGAACGCCUCGUCCCAAAUCUUCAUUUUCUCAGGCCCAAGCCGCUUCUCGAGUUUCUCGCCAUCAGCAUUGUCACCCAAGAAGAUCUUUUCCUGCUCGUUGACGUCAGCAGGCCGACGGCCACCGUCCCGGCCACCUCCGCGGCCCCCACGCCCCCCUCUCCCGCGUCCACCGCCAGUAUCGCCACGGCCAAGGAGCUCCAAAGCACGCUUCACAGCCUCCUGUGGCGCCAAUUUCGGCUGCCCGCUUGGAGCCGACGGGGCCGGAGCUUUCCUUGCCCCACGACUUCGAACGAAGCGGUUCUCCUCGGGGGCCCUGUCCACCGGUGGCUGCACACGCGGCACGCCGCGGCCGGCGCCGGAGGUAGGGAUCGAACGCGGCGGCUCGGAUGA